CCAAGCCUCCGCCCCUUAGCCCCCGCCCCCAGCUGCCAGUCCCCAGCAGCUCAGUCCUGCAGUGAGAGUCUUGGGAGUCCAUAGCUAAGCACCAGGAGCUGAGCACUUGUCCGCUGUGCCUGCCUGCGAGUCUCCGACAUGGCUCAGGAGAAAAUGGAGCUGGACUUUGAGCCUGAUACAUCUGAUGGGGGCACCCUGAGGAGAUCCAGCAGCGCUCCCCUGAUCCAUGGGCUCAGUGACCUUUCACAGGUUUUUCAACCUUAUACCUUUAGAACUCGGAGGAAUAGUACAACGAUUAUGAGCCGUCAUAGCCUGUUGCUGUCAUCCUCGCCUAACCGUGUUCCUAGCAGCAGACUGCAUCAGAUCAAAAGGGAGGAGGGCAUGGAUAUGAUGAACAGGGAAACUGCACAUGAACGGGAAGUGCAGACAGCAAUGCAGAUAAGCCAAUCAUGGGAUGAGAGCUUGAGCCUGAGUGACAGCGAUUUUGAGAAGCCGGAGAAACUAUAUUCUCCAAAAAGGAUUGACUUCACUCCAGUUUCUCCGGCACCAUCACCCACCAGAGGAUUUGGAAAGCAAUGUUUUUCACCAUCCUUACAAAUGUUUGUGAGCAGCAGCGGGCUGCCACCAAGUCCCGUUCCUGGUCCAAGACGCUUUACCAGCAGGAGGAGUCAGAGUCCAGUCAAGUGCAUCAGGCCCAGUGUUCUUGGUCCUCUGAAAAGAAAAGGUGAAAUGGAGACAGAAAGCCAGCCCAAGAGGCUCUUCCAAGGCACUACCAGUAUGCUGUCUCCGGAGGCUGCGCAACUGUCUGAUCUCAGUUCAUGGUGGUGUUAUCAAGGAGAAGAAAUUCCUGCCUUGACCAGAUGUGUGGAGCAUCUACAAAUGAAUGAAUAAUGUUAUUUACACCCAAAGCACUGUGUAGAAAAGCAUACAUGGAGCUUGACAGCUUGUUUCGGGUGGUAUUAUGAGGCCUGAGGUGCCUUGGGGUACAGUGUUGUGCUGUAAAGAUGGAUGUCAUAAGGUAGGGUAGAAAAGGGGGCUUUAUGUGUCUGAUUGCCACAUACCUGUUUCGAUUGCUGCUUUUUUUUUUUCCCUGAUUACUUUUCUCUUAUUGGAUUUGUUGGUUUUGUCGCGUGGUGAGUGCGUGCUGCUGCCGACUGUGUUUGGGUUGUCGUGUUGCCACCAGAGUCCGAGUCCAGUUCUUGUGGAUGCUGCCUCCUAGUAAGGGCAAUUUAAUAUCUACGAGGAAGCUUUUAGGAGCUGAAAAAAAGUUAAUGUUACUGUGCAUUCUGCUUUUAAGAAGCUGUUUGAGCUGUGAACAGUGUACAUGAUAGUAAGUCUGAGGUACCAUAAGUUAUUUAAUUUUUAAAAGGGGAAAAUCCUGCUAGAGCUAUUUAAAAAAAAAAAAACAAAACCCGAGUGUAAUCUAUCGUUGUGUUAUUUAUUAUUUAAAAAUGUGUAAAAAUGUCUGUUGUGCUAGGUUUCUUUUAAUGUUCAGACAUCGUGGUUGGAUCGUCUGUGUUUAAUAUGCAAAUUUGCCUGCUAGGAUCAUAAUAUUCCACUUUUGAAAUGAAUGUAAGAAACGGAAACUCCUGCCUCUGUGUCCUUUGAAGGCCAAGAUUCUUGAAUUUUAACGGAAGAUGAUGCGCUUUGAGGGCACUCACAGAGUAGUCCUCCUGUAUGGCUUGAAGGGAGAUCUAGCCUCUUUGACUUACAAGAGAGCAUCACUUAGCUUGCAGUAAGUAGUUCUGUCCGGCAUCAGAUGUGGUGUUGAUUUUAAACUGUAAUAACCGCCACGGUGGCCAUUAUUAAUGGCUUGAUUUCUCGUAUUGCUUUCGCCUGUGCAAAGUCCAGAAGCUUUCAGGCCUAACAUCAGUGUACAUACUAUGAAGCGUGGUCCCUAGCGUGCCAUCUUAAAGAAAAAUUACUUCGAUGGUAUUCAGUGUGUCUAUUCUGUUUCUGAAAGAACCACGUUCAGAUGUUUCUGCCCAUAUAAUGCCAAGAGAUGGUUUUCUCUUUUACAGGAUAUUUAUCCACCUUCACCCUACUGUCUUCUUUGCCUUAAAGGGAUACUUUUGGCCAUGAUUUUUUGGCUCUAAUUUAGGACUCAUAAGAAACAACCUUCGGAAUGUGAUGGUAUUUAAAUUUCUUUUUGAAAUUUGGUGGGUGAGAAUUGGGACAGGAAAAUGAAGUUGUUACAGUAGUGUGAGAACCAGGAGAUGAGAUGAGUCACUUCAUCGUUUAAACCGAGGUUCGUUUUUAUUGUUCAAAUUGACUAGGAAGUUAAGUUUAUGCAGGGAUUGUUUUGGAAUAAAUAAAAGAGGCGCUAACCUUCAGAUGAGCUUUGUUGACAGUACCCCUUUAUUUUUAUAUAAAGUCUAAUAUUUGAAAAGUGGUCAUUAUUAUAAAAUAAAAUUAUCUCUUCCUAUUCUAAUAUAUCAUAUUUCAGGCUUCUAUUUGAAAGCAAGUACAAGAGAUGAUAUGAUAAGAAAAUCCUAUAGAUGCUCUUUUUGCUUGACUAACUUAUAUAAUCAUACUCUGUUUCAUGAUAACUGCUUUUGGAAUAAAUAAUAGGAAGUUUUGUGAAAUGCUGACCUUGUGUAUAUCUUAGAAUGCAAAUUUAAUAAAGUGUGUACACAUGCAUAAAA